AUGCGAGUUCUCGAUCCUGACCACUUGACACAUCGUCGAUGUAUGUUGCGAGUGGAGAAGCGGCCUAAUCUUCAUCGGCUGGCCGACUUGGCACGAAGAAGAUGGCGUCAAGUGCCUGCGAGCGCUCGAGUCCGGGUCCGAGUCCCGACGGAAGAUGAGCGAGUCGGAGUGGGCGUCAAGUCAAAAGGGGACGAGCAAAUGGGGACAAAGACAAACCUUGCGUCGGGCCGAAGAGCAGUCCGACGAGGAGCAGCUCUCGAGCCAGCAGGCCGGGCAGUCGGGCCGACAGGCCGUCGUGGGCGUGGCCGCGGCCUCGGAGCCGCCUGCGUUGCGGCGGCGGACGGGACUCGGCGAGAGGAGGACGAGACGAGCCGACCAGCGUCGGCGGCAUGA